AUGGAAAAGUCUCUAGAGAAGAUGGAGAAAGGAACACCUGCUCGUCUUGGAACUCUCACCAUCUUCGACUCCCCCCACCCUUCUUCCUCCUCCUCCUCCUCCAAAUCCAAGGUCCCAAUCACUCAUUUCUCUCUUUCAAUACUUUUCAAUUCUACCCAAACCUUUUGGUUUGUUAAACAAUUUGUAGUUGUUGUUGGGUUUACAGGUGCAUCACGCUUCCGGCGUUGUGAAGGUUGCUUGUGGUUCCGCCGCAGUUGGGUCACGCCGUGGCGAGUGUUUAAGCUGAUGGGACAUUGUCUUUGGUUGGAAGAGAUUGUUGAAGACGCGCAACCUCUUCGAUGGAAGCUGUGCAAAAGCUUCAAAAAAUAUUCAGCUCAGAUGCUAGAUGUUCAAUUCGGAGGUUCAUCGUCGAUUUUGAAGAUGGGAACCGCGUAUUCAGAUGGCAGUGUCAAAAACUUUGAGCUACUUGAUCCCUUGGAAUUGAAGAACUGCUUAAUAUAUGAAUCUGGGCCGAAGGCAAGGUUGCUGCGGUAUGCAGCUGGUGCGUUGCAUUUUGCUGAAAAGGGUGUUGAUCCUUUUCUUGUGUCGUGGAAUCGCAUUGUUCUUUUACAUGGGACUCCAGGGACUGGAAAGACCUCUUUAUGCAAAGCAUUGGCUCAGAUGUUAUCCAUUCGUUUUAACUCCAGGUCCAUGUAGCUGAUAUAAAAGCAUAUGCUGGUCCUCCAACUCUGCAAGCGUGUUACGAAAUCUUAAGGUCCUGGUGAAUGGAACUCAUAGGAACAGGAAUUUUAUCAAAUUUUAUCAUGCCUCAGAUUCAUGAUGCCCAGACACCACUACACCUGUGUAGGCAAUUGCUUGAAACUGCAGAAGCAUGUGAGGUCGGAACACAUCCUUCACUGCCUUCUAAAGUGGACCUUUCAUAUGUAUUCCUUAAGAAAGCUUCCAUCCCUGGAUCAUGCUGCUCUUCCAAAUCCUUAGAGAGAGUUAAGAGUUGUGACCCUAGCUAGCAGUGUCUUGUGACAGAUAUUGACAUUGAUAAUUCCUCAAAGGUAAACUUGUACUUCCCUAUCUUAAAUAUUGCAGGUUCUUCUUGUUCUUGUU